AGACUAAUCGCAUUCGAGCUCCUGUCCUUUUCUAUAGGCAAAUUCACACCUGCGAGUUGGCUCUCUCAUUGGCUGAAACCACAGUCAGAUUCCAACGCAAAAUUAUCUGAUUGUAAAUCUGGGAGGGGAGCACAAGAAACAGAGCAACAAGUGCAAGGUUUAACAGAGGUUUGGAUUCUGACUUAUGCGAAAGGAUUUUACGAAAUAUUACUUCUUUGAAAGAGUGGAUUUUAUUUUUGUGCAGAUAAAUUUUUUUCUCAAUUGGCUGCAACUUCCUCGAUAUUUGAUACUCACAUAACCUAAAUAGGAUAAAACAAAUAACGAUCAUGCCACGGUCCUUUUUGGUGAAAAACAAGAGGUGCGCUUCUUAUAAUGUGCACCGCUCCUAUAACGACGCACCGGUGGAAACUUCACAUUCUGAAAAGGUCCCGUCAGAACCACAGAGCCCAGACCCUCCGGAGAGGCCUGAGGUGAGGGCCCAGUCUCCGCCAGACUCCUACACGUACAUUAAACACGAAGAGGAGCUGGGGUUCCCGAGCCUGAUUCACCCAGAACCAACCAGACCUCCUGUCACCCCCACACAGCCAUUCUACAUUUCUGAGCCCCAUGUGGCAGACUUCCCUUCCUACUACAAGCCCACGUACGCCUGGGAGCCUACACCCUACAACCUCCGCCAGAUGACCUUCACCCCCACCCUCCUGCAGCACUCCAGCUCCCUGUACGGGGCUCGAGUCAGCCACAGCCCAGAGCCCCGGCGGCAGACAGACUGCAGCACCCACUACUCCCCCACCUCCAACACCUACCACUGCAUCACCUGUGACAAGGUGUUCUCUACCCCCCAUGGCCUGGAGGUGCAUGUGAGGCGUUCUCACAGUGGGAUGAGACCGUUUGGGUGCAACAUCUGCAGAAAGACCUUUGGCCACGCUGUCAGCCUAGAACAGCACAUGAAUGUCCAUUCACAGGAAAGGAGUUUUGAGUGCAAGAUGUGUGGGAAGACAUUCAAACGCUCGUCCACCCUCUCCACGCAUCUACUCAUCCACUCUGACACCCGCCCCUACCCCUGUCAGUACUGCGGCAAGAGGUUCCACCAGAAGUCAGACAUGAAGAAACACACCUACAUUCACACAGGCGAAAAGCCCCACAAAUGCCAGGUAUGUGGCAAAGCCUUCAGUCAGAGCUCCAACCUCAUCACACACAGCCGGAAGCACACAGGAUUCAAGCCGUUUGGCUGUGAGAUCUGCGCCAAGGGUUUCCAGCGCAAGGUGGACCUGCGCAGGCACCACGAGAGCCAGCACGGACUGAAGUGAAGAGGCCGGUGUCCGAGGAUACAGGGGUGUAGGUUUGUUUUCAACUGUGGAUGGGACAGCUAUUUUUAACUGAGGAUCAGACCAUUAAAUCUAAUUGUUUUGAUCAAAUAUCAGGGGGGCUAGAUUUGUCCUUUUCAAACCUACGCCCCUGGAAGGAUGAAAUCUAUGAAGUUAAAAGAGACAUGGCGGAAACCCAUAGUGACAGUGUUCUGUCCAUUCAGAAGGCAAACACAUAUCAUGAAGCUACUCUAUAACGAAUGUAUAAGCAUUUGCUCUUUGACCUUAACCCUCGUGCUGCCUUCGGGUCACAUGACCCAAAGGUUCAUAACGAACCAUCGUUGUGUUUACCCAAUUUUACCCAAUACAAAAACAAAUAAAAAUAAUUUUCUUUUAACCUUUGCAAUGUGGGGGGUCUGAGACAGCCCAACGGUUAAAAGAAAAUGCUUCACUUUGUCUUUGUAUGCGGUAAAUCUGUCGCAAUACGACGGUGGGUCACAAUGACUGAUGGGUCAGAAUGACC